AUGUCCCGCUACGACAGAGCCAUCACAGUCUUCUCGCCAAAUGGCCAUCUCUUCCAAGUCGAAUAUGCUAUGGAAGCUGUGAGAAAGGGAAGUACAGCAGUGGGAGUGAAAGGAAAUAAUGUUAUUGUUUUAGCUGUUGAAAGAAAGGCAGCUGCAAAAUUACAAGAAACUCGUUCCGUACGAAAGAUUGUGAAAAUAGAUGAUCAUUGUGCUUUGGCAUUUGCCGGAUUAACAGCAGACGCUCGUGUUUUGAUCAACAAGGCUAGAUUGCAUGCUCAAAGUUAUGCUUUACAAUUUGAAGAUCAAGUUUCAAUUGACUACAUUACCCGAUACAUUGCUCAAGUUCAACAGAAAUACACUCAAAGCGGAGGUGUUCGUCCAUUCGGUAUUAGUACAAUUGUUGCUGGAUUUGAACCAAAUGGAACACCAACACUUUCUCAAACUGACCCAUCGGGAACCUUCUCGUCUUGGAAGGCCAAUACUUGUGGAAGAAACUCAAAAACUGUAAAAGAAUUCCUUGAAAAGAAUUAUGAUAAUGACAUUUUGGGAACUGAAGGUCCUGCUGAUGAUGAAGCUAGGGCUGUUAAGCUUGCUAUCAAGGCUCUGUUAGAAGUCGUUGAAAGUGGAGGCAAAAAUAUUGAGGUUGCUGUUUUAAAGUAUAAAGAACCUCUUCGCUUUUUGACUGACGAGGAGGUUGGAACCUACGUUGAUGAUAUUGAAAAGCAAAAGAAACUUGAAGAAGAAAGUAAGAAACAAAAGAAGGAUAGGUCACAACAACAGCAAUAA